AAUCCGUGCGGGUUGGCAAGUUCCCAACCAGGAUAUGUUGGAAGGAUCAACGGCACAGCGGUUUCACGGCAAUGCUGCAAUGUGCGGGGUGCAAUGUUUCUGGGUUGCCUUGUGAGCCUGCAGCUAGAGCCAAGUAGCUGCCUUCCGCGAUGUCAAAGAAGGAAGCGGCUCAGGCAUCGGUGCGCAGCCGUGCUGCCUCUCCUGGCGCAACAGGCGCCAAAGCCGCCAAAGCCAAGGCGGGUCCUGCCGAAGGCAAGCCUGCAACUCCGGCUGCCAAAUCCGAGCUUGAGAUCCUGGAAGGCCUGCCGCCGCAGCUGGGCGCCUUGGCCCUGGGCUCCUUGGGCCUGGCCCGGGCCUGGGCCGUCGGCGGCUCCGGCGCCAUCAGCUCAGCGCUGAGCCUGGCGGCCCUUCUCUUCUUGGCCAUCUAUAGCAUGAAGCUCCUGCGGCCGAGCGCGCUCUGGCGCGACGCCUCGGACGCCAGCGCGCUGCCGCCGCUGGGGGCCUUCUUCGCGGCGGCGCAGGGCGUGGGUGUGCGGUACCUGGUGCCGGAGUUGGCGCAGCUGGUGAUUGUCGUCACCCACGGGCUCAUGCUGCUGGUGUCGAUCCGCUUCGCUUGGGUGAACGCGAAGAAAGGCCUGCGUCCAGACCCCUCCUGGUUUCCAGGGCUUCUGCUGAGUGGCUUCACGAGCGUCAGCGCAUCCGCGCUGGGUCCCUGGUGGCUGAAGGCAGCGGUGCCGCUGCACUUCUGGAGCUCCAUCGCCAUCUACGUGCCGGUGAAGCUGGUGGUGAUCUAUCGACUCUUCUUAUCGCCAGCACGGAGCUCGGUGGCGGCCAACGCGGGCAUGGCCACCUUCAUGGCGCCCGGGUCCUUCUUCACCGUGGUGCAUCUCACCAGCGGGAAGCCCGGGGGAGAUCUCAUGGGCUUGUUGCUCUUCGCCGACUCCACGAUUUCAUUCCUGGCCACCGUCGGUCUCUUGUACAUCAGGAGAUCCGUUUGGUCCAGCGCUUUCCAUGUGAGCUACGUGGCCUUCACGUUCCCUCUGGCCUCAACAGCCACCGCUGCCCUGCUCAGUUCUGAGCGGCUGAUGGAUUCCUCACUGUUGGUGGCCUGGGCAUGGCUGCUGCUUCUUCUCGCCACCGGGGUGAUCCUGGCGGUCCAGUUUCGCUUCCUUCGUCAUUUGCUGGAGCUGCGCCGCAAGCAGAAGUGACUCGGGCGCGCGCCGGUGCGUGCGGCGCGGAAGCGCCCCGGGGCUAGAAGAGCGUGUGGGCUCUUCCCGCUGGCGGUUGCCAGCCAAAUGUGCCAAGUGGACCCUUGUAAUGGGACAGGUUGUACAACCACAAGGCUUGCCAAC